GAUGACCACUUCUCCUCCGCGCCUACGUGCCGUCCCGUCGGCGACGGCACUGCAUCAGCAGGCGGCCAGCAGCUGGGCGCCCCCUGGGCGCCACUGCCAGGCCUCCGGCAGCUUCGCGGCCAGCUGCGCCUCGCCCGGCGCGGCCGGCGCGCAG